CCAGGGCGACAGGAGCUUCCGAAAGCCGUUGGUACUCUAGAUUGGAGACUUAGAAGUUUCUUUGUUGCUGGCUUUGACUGCUGGGCUCGUCCUCUCGGGGUUCCCAGGAUGUUCUUUUACCUGAGCAAGAAAAUUGCCAUUCCCAAUAAUGUGAAGCUAAAGUGUAUAUCUUGGAACAAGGACCAAGGAUUCAUAGCAUGCGGUGGUGAAGAUGGAUUACUGAAAGUUUUGAAAUUGGAGACACAGACAGAUGAUGGGAAGUUGAGGGGUCUUGCAGCCCCUAGUAACCUUUCUAUGAAUCAGACUCUUGAAGGUCAUAGUGGUUCUGUUCAAGUUGUCACAUGGAAUGAACAAUACCAGAAGUUGACUACCAGUGAUCAAAAUGGUCUUAUCAUUGUUUGGAUGUUAUAUAAAGGCUCAUGGUAUGAGGAGAUGAUCAACAAUAGGAACAAAUCAGUGGUUCGAAGUAUGAGCUGGAAUGCCGACGGACAGAAGAUCUGCAUCGUGUACGAAGAUGGGGCUGUGAUAGUUGGUUCUGUGGACGGGAAUCGCAUUUGGGGAAAAGACCUGAAGGGUAUACAGUUGUGCCAUGUAGCCUGGUCCGCAGAUAGCAAAAUCUUACUUUUUGGAAUGGCAAAUGGAGAAAUACACAUUUAUGAUAAUCAGGGGAAUUUUAUAAUGAAAAUGAAACUCAGUUGUUUAGUGAAUGUCACUGGAGCAAUCAGUAUUGCUGGAAUUCAUUGGUACCACGGCACAGAAGGCUACGUGGAGCCAGAUUGCCCUUGCCUUGCUAUUUGCUUUGACAAUGGGAGAUGCCAAAUAAUGAGACAUGAAAAUGACCAAAAUCCUGUUUUAAUUGAUACUGGCAUGUAUGUAGUCAGCAUCCAGUGGAACCACAUUGGCAGUGUGCUAGCUGUUGCAGGCUCCCAGAAGGCCAUCACUCAGGAUAAAGAUGUAAACAUUGUACAGUUUUACACUCCAUUUGGUGAGCAUCUGGGUACUUUGAAGGUUCCUGGAAAGCAGAUGUCUGCACUAUCCUGGGAAGGAGGUGGACUGAAAAUUGCACUAGCUGUUGAUUCUUUUAUAUAUUUUGCAAAUAUUCGACCUGAUUAUAAGUGGGGUUACUGCUCAAACACUGUAGUUUAUGCGUAUACCAGACCUGAUCGUCCAGAGUACUGCGUUAUCUUUUGGGAUACAAAAAACAAUGAGAAAUAUGUUAAAUAUGUCAAGAGUCUCAUUUCUAUUACUACUUGUGGAGAUUUCUGCAUUUUGGCUACAAAAGCUGAUGAAAAUCAUCCUCAGGAGGAGAACGAUAUGGAAACAUUUGGUGCAACGUUUGUGCUAGUUCUUUGUAAUUCUAUUGGCACACCCCUGGAUCCCAAAUACAUUGAUAUUGUACCAUUAUUUGUUACAAUGACCAAAACCCAUGUGGUAGCAGCUUCGAAAGAAGCGUUUUAUACCUGGCAAUAUCGUGUGGCAAAGAAGCUCACAGCAUUGGAAAUUAAUCAGAUCACACGGUCUCGAAAAGAAGGCAGAGAAAGAAUUUAUCAUGUUGAUGAUACUCCUUCUGGGUCAGUGGAUGGGGUGCUUGAUUAUAGUAAAGCCAUUCAAGGAACAAGGGAUCCAAUUUGUGCCAUAACUGCAUCUGACAAGACAUUGAUUGUGAGUCGUGAAUCUGGCACCAUUCAGAGAUACAGUCUUCCUAAUGUUGGUUUGAUUCAAAAAUAUUCCCUUAAUUGUCGAGCCUACCAGUUAUCCUUGAAUUGCAACUCCAGUCGUCUUGCAAUCAUAGACAUCGCAGGAGUUCUAACCUUCUUUGACUUGGAUGCUCGGGUAACAGACAGCACAGGACAGCAAGUCACCGGCGAGUUGUUAAAAUUGGAGCGAAAAGAUGUCUGGGAUAUGAAGUGGGCCAAAGAUAAUCCUGAUCUGUUUGCAAUGAUGGAGAAGACAAGGAUGUAUGUUUUCAGAAACUUGGAUCCUGAGGAGCCCAUUCAGACUUCUGGAUAUAUUUGUAACUUUGAGGACUUAGAAAUUAAAUCUGUUCUUUUGGAUGAGAUAUUAAAGAAUCCAGAACAUCCAAACAAAGAUUAUAUCAUUAACUUCGAGAUUCGGUCCCUGCGAGAUAGCCGAGCACUGAUUGAGAAGGUUGGAAUUGAAGAUGCAUCUCAAUUCAUAGAGGACAACCCACACCCCCGACUUUGGCGCCUGUUGGCUGAAGCAGCUCUUCAGAAGCUGGAUUUGCACACUGCGGAGCAAGCGUUCGUGCGCUGUAAGGAUUACCAAGGCAUUAAGUUUGUGAAGCGCCUGGGCAACCUACAGAGUGAGUCCAUGAAGCAGGCAGAGGUGGUCGCCUACUUCGGCAGGUUCGAGGAAGCAGAGAGAAUGUACCUCGAUAUGGACAGAAGAGAUCUUGCUAUUGGCCUCCGGCAGAAAUUGGGAGAUUGGUUUAGAGUACUCCAACUCCUGAAAACUGGAUCUGGUGAUGCAGAUGACAGUCUCCUUGAACAAGCCCACAACGCCAUCGGAGACUACUUUGCUGAUCGACAAAAGUGGUUGAAUGCUGUACAGUAUUAUGUACAAGGCCGGAACCAGGAGCGCUUAGCUGAAUGUUAUUAUAUGUUAGAAGAUUAUGAAGGAUUGGAGAAUCUUGCCAAUUCACUUCCAGAAAACCACAAGUUGCUUCCAGAAAUAGCACAAAUGUUUGUGAGAGUUGGAAUGUGUGAACAAGCAGUGACUGCGUUUUUGAAAUGUAAUCAACCAAAGGCAGCAGUGGAUACCUGUGUACAUCUCAACCAAUGGAACAAAGCUGUUGAAUUGGCUAAAAGUCAUAGUAUGAAAGAAAUUGGUUCCCUGAUAGCGAGGUAUGCAUCUCAUUUAUUGGAAAAGAAUAAAAUUUUUGAUGCCAUAGAACUCUACCGGAAAGCCAGUUACUUUUAUGAUGCUGCUAAACUGAUGUUUAAGAUUGCAGAUGAAGAGGCAAAGAAAAGAACUAAACCAUUACGUGUUAAGAAGCUCUAUGUACUAUCAGCUUUACUUAUAGAGCAGUACCAUGAACAAAUGAAAAAUGCCCAACGAGGAAAAGUUAAAGGAAAGAACUCAGAGGCCACUUCUGCUUUGGCUGGUUUGCUGGAAGAAGAAGCUCUGUCCACAACUAGUCGUUUCACAGAUAAUGCGUGGAGGGGGGCUGAGGCUUACCACUUCUUCAUCUUGGCACAGAAGCAGCUCUACGAGGGCAGUGCUGACAGUGCACUGAAGACAGCUCUUCAUCUGAGAGACUAUGAAGACAUUAUCCCUGCCGUUGAGAUCUACUCUCUGUUGGCCCUCUGUGCAUGUGCCAGUAGAGCUUUUGGUACCUGUUCAAAAGCUUUUAUUAAACUUGAAUCUUUAGAGACCCUCAAUUCAGAACAGAAACAGCAAUAUGAAGAUCUUGCUCUAGAAAUCUUCACCAAACAUACUCCAAAAGAUAACAGAAAACCUGAACUGGACAGCCUUCUUGAAGGAGGGGAAGGGAAACUGCCAACGUGUGUUGCCACAGGAAGCCCAAUCACUGAGUAUCAAUUCUGGAUGUGCAGCGUGUGCAAGCACUGUGUUCUGGCUCAGGAAAUCAGUAACUGCAACUUCUGCCCCUUAUGUCAUAGUCCAGUGGGAUGAAGGAGUGACAAACUAUGGAUAAUUGGAGUGUUUUUUGUAAUAAAGUUGAUUCUGAACAUCUUAUAUGAAAAUCAGCAUUAUUAUUUCAUAGUUGUAUUUUAUAAAAAAUUCAGUAGAUAACAUACAUGAUAUAUACACACAUAUAUAAAUUAUGUAUAAUUUUGUGUAAAAAUAUAACUUAAAUAAUGAUGCUAAUUUUCAUAGAAAGUGUAUGGAAAUCCAUCGUAUUGUCUGUCUGUUUAUCUAUCUUGUGGUUGUUUAUAUGAUACUAUGGAAAUAUUCCAAACAAGAAAUUUUUUUCCUCACAGUGUCAGGGUUACUAAUUCAUUAAAAAGCUUGGUGCAGGGGAGGAGGGAAUCAUGGGAAUGGGGCAAAGUUGAAUUUAGGGAAUUGACAUAACCUGUAAGAGAAGGAGGUUUAACAGCUGUGAUACUGAAAGGAGCACUAUCUGUAGCUGCAUUUAAUUAAAUAAGUUUAUUGAAUGUCUUCUCUAUUUUAUUUUUAGCAGUGAGGAGAAGGCAUUUUAAGACUUUUUACAAUUUGAAUUAUUUGUAAUAGCUUAGUUUUUAUAUAGAUUUUCCUUUUUUAUCUACCCUUUUAGUUUCAUCUAAGAGAUGGCAUUUGGCAUGUAAUCUUCAUAUCUUCAAACACUUGGCUCUGUUUAGAAUGAUAUAAAUUUAUACAAAGAUAUCCAGUUUAUAGUUAUAGAUUCAUUUGAAACAUUGUUGCUAAGCUGGACCUUUCAUUUAAACAACUCUUGGACUAUGGGGAGUGAUUCUCACUAUGCAUGUUUUGAGUCACUGUCAUUUAAAUUAAAAAGAAAAAAUUGUAAUCAGUAA